AUGAAGUAAUAUACACGACCUUUUUGUGUGCCGGCCGGCUUUGUUGAUUUUUUUUUUUUUUUUUUGUUUCCUUGAUGUAGCAACGAAGAAAAUCUUCAGCCUUUGUUUGUCGCCACCGAUCGACUUUCACCUAUAAAUACGUAUACUCUGCUUAACAUUCCAAGCAAGAAAUUUCUCUAGCUUCUUAAUAUUGUCUUUAUCAGUUCAUCGAUCCAUAUAUAUUCAUCCAAAAAAAGAGAGAAAAAAAAAAAAAAGAGUUUUGAUCGAUGGAACUCGAAGCCUUAUCAUUCCCAAUCCUCUUCUCCCUGUUGCUGUUUAUGUUAAUGGUACUGAGAAUAGGGAAGAGGUUCAAAACCGGCAGUUCUCUAAGCCUUCCCCCAGGGCCAUGGAAGCUACCCAUCUUUGGAAACAUGCACAACUUUGCUUCAGGCGAUCCACCCCAUCGUGCUUUGAGAGACUUGGCCAAGAAACAUGGACCUUUGAUGCUACUUCGCCUAGGAGAAGUUUCCACUGUCGUGGUCUCCUCUGCUGAGUAUGCAAAAGAGGUGAUGAAAACCCAUGAUGCUAUCUUUGCAUCAAGGCCAAGUGUUCUGUCUUCAGAGAUCUUGUCGUAUGAUUGUACAAGCAUUGGGUUUGCGCCAUUAGGCAACUACUGGAGGCAGCUUCGAAAAAUCUGUGUUCUAGAGCUUUUGAGCCCAAAACGUGUUGAAUCUUACCGACCAGUUAGAGAAGAAGAGCUAUCAAAAUUCAUCGAGUGGAUUGGCACAAAAGCUGGGUCUGAUGAUCCUGUCAAUCUUUCCAGCAAAGUGUUCUCAACAGUGUAUGGCAUUACUUCAAGGGCGGCUUUUGGUAAGAAAUGCGAAGACCAAGAACAGUUCAUACAAAUUGUGAAGGAAGUUAUCGAGUUCGCUGCGGGUUUCAAUAUUGCAGAUUUCUUUCCCUCUAUUAAACUGCUUCAUCAGAUCAGUGGGGUGAGGCCUAAACUUGAGAAGAUGCACAAGGAAGCUGACAGGAUUAUGGAGAAAAUCAUCAGUGAACACAAGGCAAAGGCAACAACAAAAGCAGGAGAGGCUGUUACAGAAGAAGAUUUGGUAGAUGUUCUCCUGAAAUUUCAUGAGCAUGGCGACAGUGAGUUUUCCUUAACAAACAACAACAUCAAGGCUGUAAUCCUGGACAUUUUUGCUGCUGGGAGUGAGACAUCGGCCAUAACCAUAAUAUGGGCAUUGUCAGAAAUGAUGAAAAACCCAGAAGUGAUGAAGAAGGCACAAGCUGAGGUGAGGGAAGUCUUUAAAACAAGAGGGAGGGUUGAUGAAACAGCCAUUAAUGACAUGAAAUAUUUGAAGUUAGUAGUCAAGGAGACCCUGCGACUACGCCCUCCUUCUGCUCUAUUACUUCCUAGAGAAUCCAAAGAGAGGUGUGAAAUCAAUGGGUAUGAAAUUCCUGCAAAAACUAAAGUUAUUGUAAAUGCGUGGGCAAUUGGAAGAGAUCCCAAAUAUUGGAAUGAACCUGAGAGCUUUAUCCCAGAGAGAUUUCUAAGUGAUAGCUCUCUUGACUAUAAGGGGACUAAUUUCGAAUAUAUCCCAUUUGGAGCUGGAAGGAGGGUAUGCCCAGGCUAUAUAUUUGGCCUUGUCAUUGUUGAGUACGCACUUGCUCUGCUUUUGUACCAUUUUGAUUGGACACUUCCCAAUGGAAUGAAGCCUGAAGAUCUGGACAUGACUGAUAUCGCCGGCGCUACAGUUGGAAAAAAGGAGGAUCUGAAGUUGAUUCCGAUUGUUUAUAAUCCGUUGCCGGUUGAAUAAGUUUGUGCUUCUUCUUCUUCUGUAGAGAUAGCUACUAUAUAUGAUGAUUACCAAGUUGGAAUAAGAUUUGAACUUUGUAUUUCUAUUGGGUUUUGAACUAUUUAAUGCCAUGUUACAUCUUCCCCAUUA